GUCCAAUGACAAACCGAUGCAAUUCACUUUCCCAGGAACGACUUGACCCAGUGGCCAGCCAUGCACUAUAAGAGUUGUGCCAUGACGAAACUUGAACGAUUCCGUAUGCGUGUCAUCGACUGUCGGAAGGUAGAUUCUACGGUUCGUGCCACAUUCGCAUAAUUGAUAUGAUGGUCUUUGGGAAUUACGAAUAGAGAUUUUCGCAGGACAAGAGUACAUUGUGCGACCUAGAAGAAACAAUGAUUGUGUUAUGGACCACCAUAAUUUUUUUGUCCUUGUGGUCACAACUUGUGGUCCCAGACACAAUGUGCAUCUCUUGUUGUGGGUGUGACGCGCGGAAAGUAUUAAAGGCAGAGCCCUUGCUACCGAGCUAAGUAUCUUACUCUUCCAUCAUGAAGCCUGCUAUCCGCUCUCAAUCUCCAUUCAGCAAUCUUCCUAUCGAGAUUCUCUUGAUCAUCUUCCAAGACGCAGCCGAGCCGACGUUUUCCCAAAGGGAGAAAUAUAACAAUAAAAAUCCUUACUCGACCGCCCUAUCCCUAUGUCUCGUCUCUCGACUUGUCAGACGUACCAUCCUCCCCCAUUUCCUGCACACGAUCUUGCUCCGCCGACGUCACAGCGUGAAGAAGUUCGCAAAUGCUCUGCUUAUGCAGAAAGCGUACGCUGAGAAGCAAAGCGAUCUUUUCUUCGACUAUACCUCCGCUGUACAGAGGAUGUGGAUUUGUGACGCAUUUGACUAUUCCCUCAAUGCACAAGCCCAGUCAUACUACUGGGACUCGUGGAUGGGCGUGCUGGCCGAAUCUCAGUUAAAAGAGAUUGAGCUCAAGCGCAACAUGAGCGUGCUUCUUCCUGUGAUCCUCGCUGCGCCAACACUUGUGGUUGACCGCCGCCAUUUAAAGCUUGUCCUUGAGCUUGAGGGCGCGGAGAACGCUCGGUCUUCCCACGCCGAUCACAAUAUCAGCGGACAAUCCACUUUGUCAGUGAAAACCAAAAGUUUGACGAUAAUACGUCAAAGCAUCAGCUAUGUCCUGAACGUAUACCGGAACAUUUCCAAAGGAUCUGUUUUCUUUGCAUCAAUCCAGCAUCUCACUUAUCUAACCGAUUUGGCUGAGGACUCGUGCGUUUUUCGCGGCAUCAGCAGUGGCGUAGACUCGCCAAAAAAUCCGCUGUCUCUUUGGAUGCGCGACCUUCCGUGGGCUCAUAUGAAGAGCCUUGAAACCUUUUCAGUGGUCUACCCGCAUCUGCCUCCCCCCUACGAUUUCCAGUCAUAUGUCACAAGGGGACUAGACUUGCAUGUGGAGCGACUCACGGUGUCUGCUGCCCUUUACAAGCAGGACCCUGAAUCCUUCCCGUGGGUGACACCGCCGUUUCCUGUGACGGAUCCUGGAACGAAGAGGAUAGAAUCGGAUGGUCUGUCCUUCGAGGUUACACGUGACAAGACCCACUUGACACAAGCGUUUUGCUCGUGGGAUAAAGCUUGGGCUUCCGGGUUAACCGACGGAUGAGGUGGUGUUAUGAAGAUGGUGAUGGGUGCUGUGAUAUGACUUAUCUUAGAUAUGUGCCCGCUCGUAUUCAGUUUUGCUUCUUACUAUACCCUUACGAUAGACUUCUCAUACCCAAUAGAUAGGACGGAGACUGUAUGAUUCAUGAGCCAUUAGCCGCAGCGUGACCUCAGUUCCGAGACGUGAAAGGAAAUCAACAACAGCAGGUGCAACAUGGACGAUUGCAUGCCUUUUC